AUGGCUUCGGAUUCUCACCCAUCUCCUACAUCCGGCCCCGAGCUGCUAGAUGAAACCUCGAUCGCACAACCUCCCACCUCAGCUCCCUCUGUUCAUCAAGGUGUUCACUUUGACCUCUAUCAACCUAACCUUCAGAAGCCGAAUAAAACGAUGGCGCUACCGCUUCUUCUCUUCCCCGAUGGGGACACUCUGGUCUACAUUGAUCCUGCGCCGGAACACGGGGCUCAGAGCCUACCGAGGCCCACAGCCAUUCAUCGCGUCCACAGUGAUAAGCUUCUAGUGACGGGCUCAACUUAUUUUCAACGCCGUCUAGGUCUGCGACAGCAGAACCGAGUAAGAAAGCAGCGUGGCUUUCCAUACAAACUUCCUGAUGGCAUCAAAUACGUCUUAGAUCUGACACCCCCCAUGCUAGAAGAGGAUGCCAUCCUCUCAAUGACUGAGGUGUCCUGCCCGAUGGGAAUUAGGACUUGGGCAAGUUCCAGGAGCAUAUGGGAUCUGCCCAUUCAGUGUGUUGGGGGAAAUGACGAAAAUGAGACGGUGGAAGAGGUCGUUGUUCCAGCUGGAUGGGAUAACUUGCCAACGGAAGAAGAUCAUGGAUUCCAGGAUGAGCAAGAGAGUGAGAAUGAGAAUGAGGAGGAGGAGGUGGUGGAGGAGAAGGAGGAGCGUGAGCUUCCUCACACCCGGCAGCGGGCUGGCCUCCCAGUCGAAUACUCAGCCAAUCGCCACCGUGAUGGCAUCGAGCAGAUCUUGCACGUUUUGGAGGGGCUAAAUGUCACUCUCGACACUCCUUGUAAGCUGUGGACAUUUUUCGCAGUGGCCAAGCUCUUCGAUGUUGCAACGGUUCCCGCCGUGGGCGAUUUGAUCAGCUCCUGGUUCUACAUGGCGAAUAAUACGCGGUUCAUCGAGAUUCACCCGGAGAUUGCAUAUCGAGUGGCCUGUGGGAUUAGGUCGCACACCCUCUGUCGCAAUGCAUUUGUUGGCUUGGUUGGAGACGAGGCCCUUUUAUAUCUGAUCCGAUCUGGUCGACUGCGCCCGCUGAGGGCAUGGGAGAAACACUUUGCUCGCAGCCGUGUUUCUGACCGCUUGGAUGACACAGAGGUGCAGCGCAUCGAGUAUGCCAGCAAGAGCUUUGCGGAAGAUGUUAUCGGCCACUUCUUGCAUCUGGCCGGGGUAGAAAUGACGUGGCUGGCGGAUAUCGUGGAGUUCAGGAAACUCACGCAGCACAUCCGGCACAAUUCUACCGACAAAAAUAUGGUCCUUCAGUUAAUUGUCACGCUGAGAGACUACAUUCGGCACAAGAUCUACAGAGCCCUGGAUUCAGUCAAAGACCCCUGGCGACCCUCCGAUGCUGUGCCAAAGGGAGGUCCCGACCCAUACUUCAUCGCGUUCCGGAACCGCGACCUUCUUCACCGGAUUAUUGGGAGGAAGUUCUGGAUGGAGCUGCUGGCCCUGAACUUUGCAUCGAGUGAACCCUACAGCACAAACGAUCAUGCUUCAAUUGCAGAAGUUGGCAGCGGUCUUCUCGCUUUUCGGGGCCAAGAAUCUGCCCGGCUUCGCUGCAUUUCACAUACGUGGCUCGGUCAACGCGUGGAUGAUUUCAACCGCAUCGUCAGUUCCCGGGCCAAGGCAGCUGUGGCCGCUCAACUCGCGAACCAGAGGAAUCGGUGGAGCUCUAGCCUGAACCGCCCUUGGCCCCUUCCUUUCGCCGAUGCCAGCACUUCUCUCCCAUUCAGACCGACUCCUGGCAGCAACGCCCUCACAGAUAUCGAUGUCAAUACUUCUCUUCCAUUCAGACCUGCUCCGUCGCGGAAGAAUCCCACCACUUCCUUGUCAGAUGAAAUAGACGACAAAUUCGACUCAAUCAUCGAGGAGAUGAGAUUGGAAAUGCUUUCUACUUCGACGAAUGCCGAUGACAAAAUAUUCGACCUUCACGUUUUCUUCGCCCAGGUCUCGCAUUAUGUGAGCAACUAUGCACGAAAGCUGAUUUACCCUUACGAUGCACACGCCAUAUCGCUCGACGCAACCGACACUCUGGCCUGCUUGGGAGACAAUCAAUACCAAUUCUUGCCUCUGUGGGCAGGUGGUAAUGACGACGAGACCGGGGGUGUUUUUACAGAUCCCGACAUUCCUGUCAUGGACAUCGGUGGGUUCUCUGCACCCGGUCCUAUGGUUCGUACCGGCAGCGGCGCCUCGACCGAUGACUCUUUCAGCGAGAUCGGUCCGAGCGAUUCUAUGAGCACCAUCCAUGGUGCCUCACACCACGCUACUUUCUCUCACAUCUCCGAUCUCAUGUCAGUCGACUCUGCUGAUAUUGCACCAAUUCAAAAGAAAGAUGAGGGAACCGGUCACAAGCCCGCUGAGUCGGUUUUCAGUGACGAGAGUUCGGUACCGUCGAUCCAGUCCACUGAAGAGGAACUGGACUUGGAUGAUCGCAGUGACGGCGCCAGCACUGUGGUCAUGGAAUCUCCCAGGCUUUCGGACGAUAUUGAAAUGGAACAUCCCGAUAGCGACGAGGGCCUCGACGAUGGGGAAUUCGAGCUAGUUUGA